GAUGCCGAUGAUUGGGUGGCUGAUAUACGCGGAGCAGAGGAUGAACAAGCUCGGGGCAUGCACCUGUUCCUGCCAGAGAGAUUUCUUGAAUCUGACGAUAAGAAUGGUCAUCAUGGUGGUGUUCGGCUUGAGAAAACUGUUCUAAAAGGAGAUGAUGAAUUGAAGCAAGUUGCAGUUGGUACAGGGGUAUAUGAGGAUGUGUCAUGCGGGCAAGUGAUAUUGCAAACAAUUUUUAUGUGGUUAUAUUUGAUGAUUAUUUUGUUAGCACCGAAGAGUAUAGGUUACAAAUCAGUACCCAUUGAUGGUUUACCUUUUGAUAACUACAAAGUAAUUGUUCCAAAUCACGGAGGGCGUGUAUUGGUUGAUGCUUCACAAGAUCAUAUGCAAUACGAGACCGACUUAUAUUCUUUGACAAAAGAAUGCCAUGUUGCAAAGUUAUUCUCCAAGCAUAUGAAGAUUGAGGAACAGGUG